CGAGGGAGACCGCGGUAAAAGCAUUAUGAUUUGAAUGCUUUUCGUUUCGGUCCACAAUCAUACAUCGCCUUUCUAAUAAACUCAGCGGCCUCCAGCGUCCCUCGACUCUGUCGGGAAGACAAGUUAUUCUCACCGGGGACGCCCUGUUCCCGCUCCAGGAAUGAGCGAAGGCCACCGCGCACACUUUUUGGCCUUUGAAGGAACUCGUAGCGCCUCGCAUCACGUGGAGCGCCCGGGCAGCUGUCAUGGCGGUGCCUGUGUCUGGCCACGGGGCUCGGCGGUAAGGUGAGUGGACGGCUAGAAGGACGCAGCGGCUGGCAGUCUCGUGCCUGGUCUUUUUGCGCUGCGGAGGAAGGUGUGAGGAGUGGUCCCGGCUCUGAGUUCAGCAUGCUGAGUGGCGCAGUGGAGGGAGGAAGCUGGUUCCGGGAGCCUGGCGAGGCCGGCACCGGGCACUUUACUUUCGUGUCUGCUUCCUCUUCUGAGCCGGCCCAAGUCCGUGUUCUUCGCUGUGGGGAUUCGGCCGCUCCUCCGUCAUCACGUUAAAGUAUCAGUCAGUGUUAUAUUUCAGUAAACAUCUCCAAGGCAGUGUGAACACGGAUCCCCGCCGCAGAAGCUUUAGGGAACAUUUCCACCAGACCCCUGCGUGCGCGCGCGCGUGUUCUGUGCACCUGGAGCUUUGCGAGGCUGCCCACUGAGCUAGAGGGACCCACUGAGCCAGAGGGAUCCUCCUGUCAGUCCUUCUCAGCACUGGGGUUGCAGGUGACUUUUGUUUCAUCUUGAGAACAUUAAGCUACUUGACAGUGGUUCAGAGGAUAGCAAAAUGAGUAACAAGGCAAGUUCACUUCUUUGGAACCUCAAACGAUUCAGUACUUUAAUCCCAAGAAGCAAAACUUUGAGGCUACAUCCUUUGGGAUUUUGCAGACCAAAAAUUGUCCAUUUAAGCUGGAACCUAAGAAAUCUUCUGUUAAAUGAUUUUGAUGUUGGAAGAGGACCACCUGUUAGAUAUCUCUUUCAUGAUGCAUUUAUUUUGAAAGCAGAUGAUGGUUGCGCUCAAACCAAAGGCUUACACAGUGCUGCAGACUUUAGAGUUGACAGAAUGCUUUGUCCUAGAAGACUGUCCUUUGACUCAAAACAUUCUCUUGUCAGUGAUAGAACAGUGACUUCCAAUGAGGGCAUGCUGUCCAAAGGAAUAAGACCAACCCCUGUAAGUCGUAGAAAAGUGUUUGAGCAGUGUAAUUCCCUAAGUGAUGUGUUGGAUAUGUUUUCAAAAGCACCUACAUUUCCUAGUAGUAACUAUUUCUCAGCAAUGUGGACAAUUGCCAAAAGAAUGUCUGAUGACCAGAAGCGCUUUGAAAAACAACUGAUGUUCAGUCAUCCUGCAUUUAACCACCUGUGUGAGCAGGUGAUGAGAGAAGCCAAGAUUAUGCACUAUGACCACCUGCUGUUCAGUCUCCAUGCCAUGGUGAAGCUUGGAGUUCCUCAGAAUACUCUUGUGGUGCAGACUUUGCUGAGGAUGAUUCAGGAACGCAUCAAUGAGUGUGAUGAGAGAAGUCUUUCGAUUUUAUCAACUCUGUUAGAGGCAAUGGAGCCAUGCAAUAAUGUGCAUGUUCUUCGAGCAGGACUGAGGAUACUAGUCGAUCAAAAAAUUUGGAAAAUAGAACGUGUUUUCACAUUACAAACUGUGAUGAAAUACAUUGGAAAAGAUACACCAGUUGCUCUUAAAAAGAAAUUGGAGAUGAAAGCCUUAAGGGAAUUGGACAGAUUUUCCCUUUUGAAUAGCCAGCGCAUGUUUGAAGUACUGGCUGCCAUGGACCACCGUUCUGUGGUACUUCUGGAUGAAUGCAGUAAGAUGGUCAUAGAUAAUAUCCAUGGAUGUCCUUUUAAAAUACUGAUGAACAUAUUGCAGUCCUGCAAAGACCUUCAGUACCGUAAUUUAGAUCUCUUUAAGGGAAUAGCAGAUUAUGUGACUACAACUUUUGAUGUUUGGAAGCUGAAACAAGUUAUUUUUCUCCUCAUCUCAUUUGAAAAUCUUGGCUUUCGACCUGUUGAUUUGAUGGACAUGCUUAUGAAGAAAAUAGUAGAGGAACCUAAAUGCCUAAACACGAAAAACAUCCUCUCUAUUAUUCACGUGUACUCUUCUCUCAAUCACUGCUCUGGAAACCAGAACAAAGAGUUCCUAGAAGUUAUGGCCAGUGGACUGACUGGUUGUCUUCACCACAUCUCUUCUGAAAAUCUAUUGAAUGCUGUGUAUUCAUUUUGCUUGAUGAAUUAUUUCCCCCUGGCUCCUGCUAAUCAGCUUCUCCAAAAGGGUGUAAUCAAUGAGCUACUGACAUCAGGUGACAGAGAGAAGAAUGUUCAUAAGCUUCAUGUUUUGGAUACUUGUCUGAAACUUGAUGAGACUGCUUAUCACAAAGCUAUAGACAUACAGUUGCCACAGCCACCAUUGCCACCAUCCUAUCCAAACACAAAGGUUUCAGAGGUGCUGAGAAGCCUUCUGGGAGGUGACGAAUGCUUCUUGAAAAAUGUGCAGUUGCCACAUAACUAUUGCAUUGAUUUUGAAAUCAGAAUGGAUUCUAACAGGAGCCAAGUGCUUUCAUUUUCUGACACAGACGUAACUUCUGCUACACAUAUCCAAAGAGUAGCUGUGCUGUGCAUUCCUCGAUCUCUUUAUUGUUGGAAUUCAAGCCACCCCAAAGGAUUUCUUGCUAUGAAAAUGCGGCAUUUGAAUAUAAUGGGUUUUCAUGUAGUCCUGGUCCAUAACUGGGAAAUAGAAAAGCUAAAGAUGGAAGAUGCAGUCUCACUUUUGAAGACCAAAAUCUAUUCAGUUGAAGCCCUUCCUACUUCUGAUGUAAAUUUGCAAAGCACAUAUUAAAGUAAAAGUCAACCUUAUCGUAUUAGGACAUCUGCAUUUGUAAAAAUAACCAAUAAAGGCUGCAAUUCAGUUAUCGA